GUUGCCUACUGGAAAUGAAGCUCCUUCAGCACGAGCAUACCAUUCAAUGAACUGUAUUGGAUCACGUCAUUUGUUAUUUGGUGGUUUUGAUGGGAAAUCGACCUUUGGUGAUUUGUGGUGGUUAGUUACUGAAGAGGACCCCAUUGUAAAGAGGUUGUUUUCCACAUCAUCCAACGAUCUCCCUCAAAAUAAGACUUGACAUCAUUGAGCAAAGAUUCCAAUUCUGCACACGAGGAUUCUCACGAGAGGCAUAAUGCAGUAGUAGAGUUGGGAAAGAGUUUGGGGAUUACCAUCUCAUUCUCAAAUCCGGGUCUUCCAGUUGUAGACGAGAUGGAUGAUAAAGAGUUCCUUAAUUUAGCAUACAGUUUAAGUGAAGUUAAACCUUCUAUCUCUGGACGUGCUACGCAUAUUGAGGCCAUCGAGGCACUACGGAGCCAUUGGAGGAAUUCUAAUCCUAGGUUAAUUCCACUGAAAGAGCUUGGGCCAUUACUUCGUGAUUACCAGCGCUUGAUCACUCAUAAUUAUUUUGCAAACGAUGGGCCUCGGUCAGAAUUCAUUAGUACCAGUCUUCCUGGAAAGGAUGCAUAUCAAUUCUACCAUAUUAAUGACUUCCGUCAGUUACGUAUGGACGAUAUCCCUAAGCUUUUGGCAGAGUACAAAAGCUUCGUCUACCUGACUGAUGGUUUCUCUAACGUAUUUUCUCCUCGGAAAGCAAGCCUAUUUCUUCUUUAUACAUGUUUGCUUUGGUGAUAUUGAUCGGUCUGGUUGUGGGCUUUUAGAUGGCCAGAGCUUUUCACCUUUUGCUUUUGCUUUAAAACUUUCUUUCCAAUGCACUCUCUCUGUAACUACAGGUUUUUUUUUCUUGGAAAAUGUUUGAAAGGGAUUACACAUAUGAAAUACCCUGAGAAUGUCUGAAUAUUUCUUCCCUUUUUAAAUUUGUUUUAGAGGGAUGUCAGUGGGCAAUUAUAUCUCUAGAAAAAGGAGAAAUUUAGCCAAAUUUAAAUUUCUAUCACAAAUUACCAUAUUGUUUGCUCAAUACAUUAAUUAAUUGUUUUUUUUCUCUCUAUCUCAAACAAAAGUUGGAGAUUUGAAGCUA